UCAGGCAACUUCCUGUUUUAAGGACAGAUCCAACAUGGCUGCCCCCUUGUAGACGUUUUCAGGCGAGCUGCUUGUGAAAAGGAGCUGCAAACCAUGAGGGAUUUUCAGCCACCAUGGAUUCAAACGAAAUAGUCCACUGUGCUGUGCAGAUAGAGAGAUCCCUUGCAGAGAGAAGCUACGGGGACAUCUUGACCCUCCUUGGUGACGUUGAUAAGUUGCUCGUCACAGCAGAGCAGCUGGAAAGGACAGACAUUGUUAGAGUACUCUACAGGCUCCUGAAGAGCUGCUCUGACGUCAGCGUGAAGAAGACCGCGAAGAGCCUGUUGUCCAAGUGGAAGAGGCAGUACGGCAAAGAUGCACGAGGUGUGAAAUGCACGGGCGAUCCUGAGCUCUCUCGCAGGGCUCCUCAACCAGAUGAUGAGGCAGGCGAUGGAGGAGUUUCCGAGCACGGGGAUUCCCACGCUGGUUCUGAGCACACAUGUGGCAGUCAGGUGCAGUGUGCAGAGCAGGGAGCCUCAUCCUCCCAGGCACACAAUGGCCUUUCUUUCACCGCGGAGAGCACAUCCGCAUCCUGUAGUUUCUCAUCUGUGCGAUCUAAAUGUGUCCAGCUCCUUCUUGCUGCCCUCUGCCCCGAACUCCCUGAUCAAGACAAGACUGCACAGUUGGCUGCAGAUAUCGAGCAGCACGUCCACGAGCUCCUCAAACCCAGCCAGGGCAAAUACAAAGCCUGCGUGAGGAGCAAGGUGGCCAACUUGAGAAAUCCUAAAAACGGGCACCUACGCCAGGGCCUCCUGUGCGGCUCGCUGUCACCCGAGGCCUUCGCCCGGAUGUCUCCAGAGGAGAUGGCCAGCGCAGAGCUCCGGAAGCUGAGAGAGGAGUACUCGUCCCAGGGUGUGAGCGAAAGGCAGCUUCCUCGAGGGAUAGAAGGAACGCAGACGCAGAAGAUAAGAUGCAAGCGAUGCGGGGGGUCAGACUGUCGGGUGACGCAGGUGUCCAGGGGCGCCCUCUUCUUGCCUGCGUGGGUGAGGCAGAGUGGCCCUGAUGAAGACGCAAUGACUUUCGUGACCUGCGGCGAGUGUGGGCAGCAGUGGUACCACAGCAGCUGGGUCUGCCUCUGAUUAACAAGUAUCAGAUUGAUCAUUCAGUCUGAAAAAAUAUCAAUCAAAGUAAAUCAAUCUGCAACAAUUUUGAAUAUAAAUGCGUCAGUUUUUGAGCAAGAAUCGCAAAAAUUUACUUGUUUGUAUGAGAAUAUUUGCUGUUUUUUUUGUUUUCUAUGAUUGUACACAGAAUACCUUUGGGUUGUGGAGUGGGAGUUUGACAAAACAAGAUAUUUGCCUGAGAUCUUUUUUUUGGUCCACACAUACGUGCAUGAUUAAUUGAGAAAAUGAUCAACAGAUGUCUCGGUACUUAAAAUACUUGUUAGUUAAGCCCCAGAUAGUCUCCCAGACCAUUUCUCAGAGCCCAAGUUCACGUAGGCCUUUUGAAUAUUGCUCGUUGUGUUUGACCAACAGUCCAAAACCACAAAAGCGUUCCGUUUACUAUCAUUCCACACCGAAUUUUUGAGGGGCUGAAAUAUUAUCACUUGAUAAAAUGUCAUAAACUGCCAUUGAUUUGA